AUGAUAGCCUCAUUCCCCAUUCGCCUGCGACGCGGCCGGCUGCUUCUGUGCGUUAUAGCCGCCGCAUUUUGCUUUAUCGCCAUUAUCGCCAUUAUCGCCGUUUGGUUUGGCAUGAACUCUGACCGAGAAUACAUCCACCCCGUUCUCACGCAGUUAAUCCCCGCGGGACACUGCACCUGCGAAUCCUCCACCAUAUUUCAAUGCUCGACAUGCCUCACCUGCUACGAACACGCUCCACAAUCAGACACCUCUACCUCCACCUCCUGGUCCUUUGAAUAUACUCGCGACGGACGAAAUGAGGCCCUCAGCCAGGACCAAUGCAAAGCUGCUUUCCCCGGAUUAUUUGAGGAUGUCGCGCGCAGUAGCAAAUUCUGGUCUUCGUAUGGCCGCUUGUCGUCUAUAGAGCUAGACGCUAUCACGAUAAACUAUGGUAUGGCGCGUGUAUUUAUCGCCGAUGGCCAGCUAUACGUGGUUAAGGCGCGGCCUAAGUGCGAGGAUCACCGACGGAAAAUUCUAGGGACGUUGAGCUUAAUCUAUCGUGCGUUAGCUACCGACCAGAAACGAGCUUCUAGACCCUACUUUGAAUUUAUUUUCUCUGUGGAAGAUAGGGUCGACGAUGUGACUAACUCGGAAUGGCCUGUUUGGGUCUUUUCACGGACUCCUACUGAAGAAGGUGUUUGGCUUAUGCCGGAUUUCAGCUUUUGGGCAUGGGACAACCCCAGCAAUUAUAUAGGGCCCUAUGACCAGGUGAUACAACGAAUCGAGCGAAUGGAUAUUCCCUGGUCAGAAAAAAAGCCCAAACUACUCUGGCGCGGCAAGCCUAGUUUCGCACCAAAAUUGCGGCGCGCGUUGAUAGAGGCCGCUAGGGACAAGUCGUGGGGCGAUGUUAAGCAGGUUGAUUGGAAUACGGGUUCCAACGUGCUUAGGAUGGAAGACCAUUGCCACUAUAUGUUUAUUGCGUCGGUCUUAUUCGGCUUCACUAAAAUAUCGGCAAGCCUGCAAUUCGGUCAUUGUCGCACACAAAUCCAGUUCAUCCAACAUCACCACUAUCUUCUAGUAGCAGACGGUCCUAACCAAAACUACGUCGAGGUUGAGCGCGAUUUCAGUGACCUAUCUGAAAAGAUGGAAACCCUGGUUAACAACACCGAAGCCGCUAAGCGUAUCGCCAACAACAGCGUAACGACCUUCCGUGAGCGAUAUCUGACCCCGGCCGCUGAAGCCUGCUACUGGCGGUCACUGUUCGAUGGCUACGCCGGUGUGUGGAACGGAACCGUGGAGCAGUCGUCCGAAACGAAGUACCGCGGACGAGGAUUACGAUAUGAAUCAUUUGUGCUUCUGGAGAACUUGAAGAUGUACGAAUUCGAGGCUGUCAUUACUGAACAAUGGCAGGCUCCACCAUAA